AUGUCUGUUGUCAGCGUCUCGCUCUCAGGGAGCCAUGAUUUUUCCAAGACCCCCGCAUCGACUAUAACUCUGGUCCCAAACUUGGGAGUGAAGGGUGAUGCCCACUUCGGAGAGACUGUACAGCAUCGCUCCAGACUACACAUCAAGCCGCCGCCCGUAAACCUGCGUCAGGUCCAUCUUAUGCCCAAUGAGGCUCUGACAGGCGUUGCUCUUAAGCCUGGCCAGCUGGGUGAAAACGUCACUACGGCGGGGAUAGACCUUCUAUCUUUAAGCAAGGGAGCAAAGCUUCGUUUCGUGGAUCGGAAUGCAGAUACAGCUGAUGGUCCGGUAGUGGCUGUGACUGGACUGAGGAACCCUUGCCCUCAGAUAGACAAGUUCAGGAGCGGGCUAAAGGAACACUUUGUAGUUCGAGAUGCUGAUCGGGCUAUCGUUGAUCGUAAGGCUGGGAUCAUGGGGAUUGUGGAGGUCGGGGGUGACAUUCGAGCCGGAAUGAAGAUUGUGGUGGAGGAACCAGCGGUCUUUGAACGCAUGGAGUGCGUCUGA